UGCUCGCGACGCUUCGUUUUGCUCAGUCUGAAACAAAGAUGGCGGAAGAGGAAAGCGAGUUAACUUCUCCUGGUGUUGUGGAAGAACUUUUCACGUCACCUCUAAACCUGAGUUUGUUGUGUCUUUGUUUGUUUCUGUUGUACAAAAUAUUUCGCGGAGACAAGCCUGUGGAAAUGGCCGAAGCUGAGGAGCCGUUACCCAAGCUGAAGAAGCGGGACUUCAGUGUGGAGGAGCUGAGGGAGUAUGACGGAGUGAAGAACCCCAGAAUCCUCAUGGCUGUCAGUGGCAAAGUGUUUGAUGUGACGAGAGGAAAGAAGUUCUACGGUCCUGGUGGCCCUUAUGGAGUCUUUGCGGGUAGAGAUGCUUCCAGAGGACUGGCUACGUUCUGUCUCGAUGAGACGGCUGUGAAAGAAACGCAUGACGAUCUUUCAGACCUCAGUGCGAGAGAGCAGGAGGGUCUGGCUGAGUGGGAGUCGCAGUUCACCUACAAAUACGAUUAUAUCGGCAAACUCUUGAAGCCUGGUGAAGAGCCGACAGAGUACACGGAUGACGAGGACGUGAAGGACAAAAAGAAGGACUAGGACAUGAGCGGACCAUGUUGUUGUUAUGAUCAUGAUGCUUUGUUAAAGAAUUUCAUCUAACAGUGAUAUUUGAAAUGCAAGUAAUUAUAUGAUACACUACAUAUCCAUUUUGUAUGAGAUUUCAAAACGAUACGUGAGGGAGGCAGGAAUGUGAUUUUUUUGUUUCUACAAAUGUAGACGAAAUCUAACAUUUUGUAGGUGGGACCUUAAUAAUAAGAGUUUAUGAAACGCUUGUAUCUGAACAUGCUUAUUAAAGUAAUUUUCAUAUUAAA